UUUUCUUCGUUGGACUCUCUUGCAACUUUUUUACCAUCACAAAGAUUUUCAAAUAUUUAAGCACAAUAUCAAGCCAACACCAGAACUAGAAGCGUUUAUCAUUAUCUGGUUCAUCCUCCACGCGCGCAAGUGGAGUAGACCGUUCCAUACUUGCCUUGUCCCACCCACGCAUAUCCCCUCCCUCCCUUCGCAUCCGCCUGCGUCCCCUGGCAAACGGCUCCCUUUUCCACAUCCUGCCUAUUUAUUUAUCUCGCAUUUCCUGAGAUCUUUUUGCUCCGACAAAGAAAAUCAAAACUUCACUUGAUAACAUAAUUCAAAGAAUAUGCGCUAAGUCCCAAUCAUGCAGCAAUUCAAGACCUGGAGGCGUGCGUCCAUGCGACAACAACAACAACAACAACAACAACCACCUCCCCAGCCCCAUGACCCAGUACUGACGGCCGAUGAUGAAGCCUUUCUACGCGGGAUCAUGAAUGAUCCUGCGAACAGCAGCCAAGAGCCCGCCCCACAAGCUACCGAACUGAAUCGCCAGGCCUCGCCUGUCUCGCCGGUAGGGACGGAGGUCCAAGAGCCUCCCGCAGCGCAGUCCCCGGUGUCCCCGGUGGAGGAAUACGGGAGAGAGCUGGGGGAGGAGGAGCGCAAGGCACGGGAGGCUACUGCUUCUACUACUGAACGAAAUGGGAGUACGGCUGGGGCGAAUGCGCCAGAGGCAGCAGCAGCAUCCAAGGUUGAGAGUUCCUCGCCGCCGCAAAGGAAGGGCCCGUGGAAUUGGCUGCGGCGACGGAGCACGGUCUUGAAAAAGGAGACCGAAACUACGAAUGAGGCGCCUACCAAAGCAGACAACAAGCCGAGCGAGGCCCAGCAGGCCGCCGAGACGGAUCAAAGUGAAGUCGACCAGGAGAAGGAAGAUAUGACAGAGAUUUUGGAGCGGCUGAACCUGGCGGCAGAGAACAAUCGCGUGUUCUCGAUGAGCAAUGAAACGCGGGAGUUGUUGCGCAAGUUCACCCUGAUCUUCAAGGACCUCGUCAACGGCGUGCCCACCGCCUACCAUGACCUCGAGAUGCUGCUCACCAACGGGAACAAGCAGCUGCAGAGCACGUACUCCCAGCUGCCCGGGUUCAUCCAGAAGCUGAUCCAGAAACUGCCCGAGAAGUGGACAGAGACUCUGGCGCCGGAGGUGCUCGCGGCGGCCACCGCCAAAGCCAGUCAGAGCGGCCUCAGCGUCGAGAAUGUGGGCAAAGCAGCCGCGGCCGCCAACAAGAUGGGCAUCAAGGUGCCUACCUUGAAAGAGCUGGUGGGAAAACCGGCCGCGCUGGUUGGGAUGCUACGCUCGAUCGUGGCAUUUCUCCGGGCUCGAUUCCCGGCCGUGCUGGGGCUCAAUGUGUUAUGGUCGUUGGCUUUGACUAUCCUAUUGUUCGUUCUUUGGUACUGCCACAAGCGCGGCCGUGAGGUUCGGUUGGAGAACGAGCGUUUAGUCACUGAAGAAGAGAUCGAGAAAUUGAAUGACGAGAAUUCCACGGAUCAAGACAGAAUCCGGGCCACGGAGACCUUGACCACCACAGCGCCGCAGGGAGCGUCUGCCGCGGAAAUCCGACAGGGGAUCGAGGAGGCACAACAUGCACGCCAUACAGCAGCCGCAGCCACCAGCCCCGCUGCAGAAGAUAGCCAGAAGAGUCAAGAGAACGAGACCCCCGAGGAGUCGUCAAUCUCGAAACCUAAACGGAGCAAGUCCAGGCUUUCGAUUUGGACCAGGUCCGAGCCGAAACCGACCACCCCAAAGAUAGAACCAUAUCCUGGCACCUGAAUUGGAUAAUCACCUGAGGAAGAACGGCUGAUAGUCACGUAAGAGAGAGUUUUUGUCACGAAUAUCUGUUUGAUACCAUCACGUCUUGUGUAUUUGUUUGGAGUUUCAGGUUCUCUUAUCGCUGAGUCAGUUCACAAAUCCACUCAUAUACUGGCCACCUGGCCUUUUCCCUUUCCUAAAUCGUCUUCAUGUCCC